AUUUGUGUUUUCGACCUAGAACGUUGUACUCGGACAGAGUCAGUUCGUAUAAAUACACUCAUUAUAUUGGUCACAUGAUUACAAGAUGCCGUCAACACCACAAUUGUCUCCGCAGGAGGAGCAGGAGAAGCUCCUGGAGGAAGCCACAAAUGUUGUCAAGAAUCAGGCCUUCCAGAUGAUCCGCUGUCUUGACAAGGGCAAACUGAUGGAUGGCCUAAAGCAUGCUUCAUCAAUGCUAGGAGAACUCAGGACAUCCAUGUUGUCACCAAAGAGCUAUUACGAAUGUUACAUGGCCAUUUCUGAUGAACUCCGUCAUCUGGAGGGGUAUCUGGUGGAGGAGUUUCAGCGAGGACGCAAGGUUGCCGACUUGUAUGAGCUGGUUCAGUAUGCAGGGAACAUUGUUCCCCGAUUGUAUCUGCUGAUAACUGUUGGAGUGGUGUAUAUUAAAGCAAAUGAAUUAUCCAGACGAGACAUUUUAAAGGAUCUAGUAGAAAUGUGUCGUGGUGUGCAGCAUCCCUUGAGAGGACUUUUUCUGCGCAACUAUCUACUGCAGUGUACCAAAAAUGUCUUGCCUGACACCGAGGAGGAUGCAAGUUCUGGAGAACAUGAAAGUGGAACUGUUGAUGAUUCUAUUGACUUCAUCUUGCUCAACUUUGCUGAGAUGAACAAACUAUGGGUACGAAUGCAACACCAGGGCCAUUCUCGCGACCGUGAGCGUAGGGAGCAGGAAAGGAGGGAGUUGCGGAUCCUGGUGGGAACAAAUCUGGUUCGUCUCAGUCAGCUGGAGUGUAUUCAUGUUGAUAAAUAUAAAAAGCAUGUGUUGCCUGGAGUUCUUGAGCAAAUAGUCAACUGCCGUGAUCCUAUUGCUCAGGAGUACCUAAUGGAGUGCAUCAUUCAGGUGUUCCCUGAUGAGUUCCACCUACAAACUCUGAAUCACUUCUUGAGAGCAUGUGCUGACCUACAUAACAGUGUUAACGUCAAGAAUAUCAUCAUAGCUCUGAUCGACAGACUGGCUGCAUUUGCACAGAAUGAGGAAGGAAGUGGAAUACCAGCCGACAUCCAGUUGUUUGAUAUCUUUUCCCAACAGAUUGCACAGGUGAUUCAGAAUCGCCCUGAAAUGCCGCCUGAGGACAUAGUAGCUUUGCAAGUUGCACUGAUCAACUUGGCACUGAAAUGCUACCCAGACAAGGUAGACUAUGUAGACAAGGUACUCGAGACAACAGAAGAGAUCUUCCACAGGCUCAACUUGGACCAUCUGGAGCAUGGAACCCCAGUGUCAAAAGAGCUGAUGAGACUAAUGAAGAUUCCAGUGGACCAAUACAACAACCUGCUCACAGUGCUAGAGCUUCAACACUAUGGACCCAUGUUUGAGUACUUUGACUACAAAGGUCGAAAGAUAAUGAGCUGCUACAUUAUCAACAAUGCCCUGGAAAAUGAUAUUAAAAUACCACUGCAGGAAAAUGUUGAUGCUAUUUUGAAUAUAGUCAACUGUCUGGUCCAAGAUCAGCCUGAUCAACCAGAAGAGCCAGAUGACCCUGAAGACUUUGCUGAAGAACAAGGCCUUAUGGGCAGGUUUAUUCAUUUGCUGGACUCAGAAGAUCCAAAUCAGCAAUUUUUGAUCCUCAACACUGCCCGGAAGCACUUUGGCAGUGGAGGUGACAAGAGAAUCAAGUUUACAUUACCACCAAUUGUCUUUGCUGCAUAUCGAUUAGCCUUCAAAUAUUGCACACUCAAGGAUGAGGAUGAGAACUGGGAAAAGAAAUGUCAAAAGAUCUUCCAGUUUUGUCAUCAAACAAUCGGGGCCUUGCUUAAAGCUGAACAGGCUGAGAUCCCCCUCAGGCUUUUUCUACAGGGUGCCUUAGCUGCCGGUCAGAUUGAGUUUGACAACUAUGAAACUGUGGCCUAUGAGUUUAUGUCUCAGGCAUUUUCCCUGUAUGAGGAUGAAAUCAGUGACAGCAAGGCACAGUUGGCUGCCAUCUCCCUCAUCAUUGGUACAUUGGAACAGAUGUCUUGUUUUGGCGAGGAGAAUCACGAACCACUCCGAACACAGUGUGCUCUGGCAGCAUCUAAACUCUUGAAGAAACCAGACCAGUGUCGGGGUGUUUCAACUUGUUCCCAUCUCUUCUGGUCAGGAAAAUCUGCAGCAAAUCAAGGGGAGAUGCAGGAUGGGAAAAGAGUGUCUGACUGCCUGAAGAAGGGGGUAAAGAUUGCAAAUCAGUGCAUGGACAGCUCUGUACAAGUUCAGUUGUUUGUUGAGCUACUCAAUCACUACAUCUACUUCUUUGAGAAAGGCUGUGAUCAAAUAUCUGUUCAAGUCUUGAAUCAGAUCAUUUCUAAAAUAAGGGAAUAUCUUCCAAACCUUGAAGCAAAUGAAGAGACAGAACAAAUCAAUAAGCAUUUUAACAACACUCUGGAGCAUCUGCAGCUCCGAGCAGAGAGAAAAGACACAGAACAGCCGUAUGAGGGUUUAGUUCUGUAAAGGACUUCUGAAUAACGUUCGUGUAGAAUUAAAUUAACUUUUCUACACAUGGAAGAAUGAACACACACUUAUCACUUGAGCCUCUUGCUGAUAUAUUCUGACUCAUCUCCAAGACCAAGUGAAUGGAUGAACCUGAAGCUUCAGGAAGAUGUCCAUUGUCUUGACAGAACUCAUAUUUGUUCCUGCCAUUAAAAAACAAUUACAGGGGUUCUUAAAAAAUAGAUUAUUUUUUUUAAAUGUUCAGAAUCUUCUUUCAGAAAACGCCCAUAGAGCGGAUACUAGAAUGGGAUAUGAAAUACCAUAGAUUUAGCUGUUCCAAUAUGAUUUUAACAUGGCCGCCAUUAUUUAUAUUUACUGGAGAGCUACAGAGCCUUUUUUUUUUUCUAUCUUUGUGUUUAUGAUGGCAAUAGUUGGAAAUAUCUUGAUGCAUCAUGUUCUCCAAACCUCGUCCACUGAGAAAAGAAAAUAUCUUACAUCACAGAAACUGUUGUAGUAAUGUGCUUUGCCAGAUGCUUUACAUUGACAUAAGAACAUGGAGUGGAAAUAAUGAAAUCAUGUUGUUGCCUUUUGUUAUGUUAGCUGUCAAUAGAGAAAUAACUCAUGAAGAGCACUUUUAUUAUAGGAGUUUCUCAUUGUGUUUGUAUUAGUUGCUUGUGAAGAUGGAAAGAUGCCUACACCAGUAUCUCAGUUGGGUCAACCUUUGAAACAUCCUUCAGGCUGAUCAUCUUCUAUGCACUCGCCUGUGUAACACAAAUGGUGGUCACACCCAAUAUUGAAUUUAAGCGAGUUGUUACACCACCUCAUGUUUAGGGGGUGUCGCCAUGUCUUCUGUUGCCAGGUGUGUGUUGUCUAUGAAUUUGUUAUAAUAAAACAUUGAUCAGAUGAUUG